AACCUGUCAAUUUAAGUCUUGGGAAAAUGUUCUUGAAGAUGAGUUCAACUUUGGGUAUUCCGCGGAAGGGACGUGUGUGUAAACGAUGUCGUGAAUGAACUGGGACAAGAUCGCGAGUGGAGGUUUGUAGUUGACUAAAUCUGUUUUUGUGAGAAGUGCGAGGAUAGCUUCUAGUGAGGAAAACCGCGAAUAAACGGGAAAACUGCACAGUGAACACGAUCCCAUGAAUCAUCGAUUGCGAUAUCUUCCGUGGCUCUGGCUGGUCUAGGCGCGAGGAGCCAAAGUGCGUAGGAAAAAUUCAGGGUCAAUUCCAAUCGGACGCCCUUUCCUUGCCAGGAGCCUGCUCGACCUUCAAAUCCUAAUGGACCGAAUUUGGAAGAACGCAGCGAUUAGGAAUAGGACAAUGGGAUUGACUUCAACAUAAUGACUGAUCUUUGAUCGCUUCGAUAGUUUUAUUGGAGCGCUAGAUUUCAAAUAGACUGAACAAACUAAUGAUCACUUUAAUUGAUAAGGGCCACGAAUUGAUUUCAUUAGAGGCUCAAUAACACGAAUUGAUUUAUUCCCGUGAAAAUCAAUUGAAGGCUGCAUCAUGUUGAUAAAGGAGUACCGAAUACCACUGCCGCUGACGGUCGAGGAAUAUCGAAUCGCGCAAUUGUAUAUGAUAGCGAAAAAAAGUCGAGAAGAAAGCCAUGGAACUGGAAGCGGCGUGGAGAUUAUAAUCAACGAGCCAUAUGAAAAUGGCCCUGGAGGCAACGGGCAGUAUACGAAAAAGAUAUACCAUGUCGGAAGCCAUUUACCCGGAUGGAUAAAAAGUCUUCUUCCUAAAAGUGCACUGACUGUCGAAGAAGAAGCUUGGAAUGCUUACCCGUUCACAAAGACACGAUACACAUGUCCUUUUGUAGAAAAAUUUUCCUUAGACAUUGAGACUUAUUAUUUUUCCGACAACGGACAUCAGGAGAAUGUGUUCAAAUUGUCGGGAGGUGAAUUAAGGAACAGAAUAGUAGACGUGAUCGAUAUUGUAAAAGAUCAACUCUACGGUGGCGAUUACUUUCAAGAGGAGGACCCAAAACUCUUUGUUUCGGAAAAAACGGGUCGUGGCCCCUUAGAAGAUGAGUGGUUAGAGACGUACUGGAACGAGGUUAAAGGGAAGAAACAACCCACCGCAAAAAAUAUGUCCUUAAUGUGCGCCUACAAAUUGUGCCGUGUGGAAUUUCGAUAUUGGGGCAUGCAGACAAAACUGGAAAAAUUCAUUCAUGAUGUUGCACUACGUAAGACAAUGCUUCGAGCUCACAGGCAGGCUUGGGCCUGGCAAGAUGAAUGGCAUGGUUUAACAAUGGACGAUAUUCGUGAAAUUGAGCGUCAGACACAACUUGCUCUUGCAAAGAAAAUGGGAGGCGAACUGAGUGACGGAGACGAAGAAGAAGAUCAAAGUAUCUCAGAAACGAGCAAAGUUUCUAGUCCGAAUGAGAUAAAGAAGCCACAGCUAACAGCACCUGUAGUGACGGAGGAACCACCAAGCGCAGAAGUUAGCUCCGACGAAGAGGAUAAAGACAUCAGUAAGAAUGCUGACCGGCAGAGGACGGGAAGCAUUCAGCUUGCAAAAUCGAAAUUCGAUUCGAAGGGCGCUUUGCACUCUCCAGUUGGGUCAGCCCACAGUUUUGAUUUGCAGCAAACUACAAAACAAAAACCAAAAACUCCUGUGGCCAAUUGGCGGAUGGAGAGAUUGGAAGUGGAUUCGAAAUCGGGCUCAGAAGAAGAAUUUUUCGAUUGUCUAGCAUCAAGGGAUACCGGAGAGUCGAAUUCCCUUGCGAAAUGGAGUUCACUAGAGCUGCUGGCAGAAGAAGACGAUAGCCCACCGCCAAACGUAAAUAAUCAAGACGACAGUAUAUUCAGUCAUGCCUUUCUCCAACGGGUCGCAUCAGAAAGAGGUUCAAAGCGCCAGCUUUGUACAACGUCAAGCAUUGACCGAGGACAGGAAUCACCACCAGGUUCUCCAGGACUUCCACCGUGCGCUACUUCGGUCCUAAUUUUAGUGGUACACGCUGGGAGUGUUUUAGAUGCAAAUACAGAUAUCACUUCAAAAAAAUCAGACGUAACUACUUUUCGUGCAGCGUUUGACUCAGUAGUGCGUCAGCACUACCCUGCUAUGACGUCUCAUGUGGCUAUUCGCUUAGUACCUUGCCCAGCGAUUUGUACCGAUGCACUCGGGAUAUUGUCUAGUCUCAGUCCUUAUUCAUUUGAUUCAUCACCUUCUGCUGCAGAUCUUCCAAAUAUCGCUGAUGUUCCGAUCGGCGCAAUUCCAUUACUCGCGGUGUCAUCACCAGAUUUCACAGACGCUGUAAAUCGUACGAUUGCCGCAGCAAAUAGUGUUUAUCAAGAUUUUUUGAAAACGGAUGAGGGUCGAGGUUUCGCAGGACAAGUUGUUAUUGUAGGGGAUUCUAUGGGAGCAGUGUUGGCCCAUGAUGCACUUUGUCGGGGAUGUUCACGACAUGGCAAUGAUAUGUCAGGUGGCGAAGAAGAUAGAUUAAUGGACAAUGAAAUGGACGCAAAAAGGCUUUUAAUUGCACCGUCUCCCAGAAGAAGAUCGUCAUCUUCCAGUGAUUCCAGACUUAUAAAAUUUGAUUUCGAAGUUACAGAUUUCUUCAUGUUUGGAACUCCAAUGUCCAUCGUGCUUGCUUCCAGACGAUUGCAUGACGCCAAGCAUGGUUUGACUCGACCAGUCUGUGCCCAAGUGUACAAUUUGUUCCAUCCAACCGAUCCAAUUGCAUCUCGCCUAGAACCCUUGUUGAGUGCUAGAUUUUCAAUGUUACCACCUGUGAAUGUCCCACGAUAUGCUAAGUUUCCAUUGGGUAAUGGUCAACCGUACCAUCUCCUUGAUAUUAUUCAGUCAAAUCCCCAAUACUUCAACGAUCAUUCGCAGUUGCAGCGACGGCUAUCAGAUGCUUCCAUGCAGAGUACGGUAUCAGGGAUAACUGAGAGCAUACCUUUAAAUACUAUACACUCACUUCAGCAGAAAUGGUGGGGAACAAAGCGGUUGGAUUACGCUUUGUAUUGUCCCGAAGGUUUAAGUAAUUUCCCUGCCCAUGCGCUACCACAUCUGUUCCAUGCCAGCUACUGGGAAAGUUCUGAUGUGAUUGCUUUUAUUUUGAGACAAAUUUGCCGCUUCGAAUGUCAUACUCUUUCGGGAGGCGAAGACAAAGAGGGAACUUCAUUCCGUCCAGGACAAGCUCGUGAAAAGUGGAUGAGAAAGCGAACAUCUGUAAAACUGAAAAAUGUCACAGCAAACCAUCGAGCUAACGAUGUGAUUGUGCUGGAAGGUAGUGAACAAAAGCUUUCUGCGCGAUUCAUGUACGGACCACUUGACAUGAUCACACUGACCGGUGAGAAAGUUGAUAUCCACAUCAUGAAAGAUCCUCCGGCUGGAGAAUGGACAUUACUAUCAACCGAAGUGACCGACAAGAAUGGUCGAGUGAUUUACACAAUUGAACGAGAGAAGGCAUUGGGAUAUGGAAUAUACCCAAUAAAAAUGGUUGUGAGAGGCGAUCAUACCUCUGUUGACUUUUACAUGGCUGUGAUACCACCUCGAACAGAAUGCGUAGUUUUCAGUAUAGACGGUUCGUUCACUGCGUCGGUGUCAGUAACUGGUAGAGAUCCUAAGGUGCGGGCCGGGGCAGUAGAUGUUUGUCGACAUUGGCAAGAAUUGGGUUACUUGCUCAUAUAUAUAACUGGGCGGCCCGACAUGCAGCAGCAGAAAGUCGUAUCCUGGCUGAGUCAACACAACUUCCCACACGGCUUGGUUUCGUUCGCAGAUGGAUUGUCCACUGAUCCACUAGGACACAAAACCGCCUAUUUGAAAAAUCUUAUAGAAAACCACGCGGUAGCUAUUCAUUCGGCAUAUGGAAGUAGUAAGGAUAUAGCAGUUUAUACCAACAUCGGUUUGAAAGCAAAUCAGAUAUAUAUAGUAGGAAAGGUGAGCAAAAAAUUACAAUCGAAUGCGACUGUCUUAUCUGAAGGCUAUGCAUCACACCUUUCUAAUUUGAUGGCCGUUGGAGGAUCCAGACCUGCACAAGGGAACGCGCGAAUGGUAAUACCUCGCGGUUGCUUCAAUUUGCCAGGGCAAGGCUCAAAUCCGCGACGUCGAAGCAAAGAUACAGGUCUAUCGUCACCAAUUCGGAGUGGCUUCCUCAAGCGGAAAACAUAUUUAAGUCAUGUGUAGAACGAGAACUAUACAUAUUAAAGCGAUGCAAGUUCAAAACGCUUAUUUAGGAGCAGAACAUGUAACUAUAACAUAAUUUAUGUUGUUUCUGUCACACGGUACCUGGCUGAGAAGACUGUUUCUAUCCUGUUGUAUUUCUCAUUACAUAUGAAUGCUUAAGGCAUUUUUGGAUCAUGGAGAACCAGUAACAUGCACUCGUUCAUGUUCGUCAUGUGGAAUUUAUACGAAAAAGGCUAAACUUUAGUACAAUCACCCGUUGUUAGAUGGGGACUGUGAACUGUGCUUGCAAAAACCGCAAUUGAUUUUUAAUAUAAGGCCUACAAAUAAGUUCUGUCGCUUUUUUUU